CGGGGGUGGGGUGUGAACCAAGCCGGGCUAGGCUCAGUGAUGUCGGGCAUGGCGUUGGCGGUGCAUCGGGCUCGGCAGCGGCAGGACGGAGUGGGGUCAUGCGGGCGGGCGCACCCGUUCCUGGGCCAGGACUUCGCGGCGUUGCGGGACGAGAGCCGGGGCACAGGCGGCCUGUUCCAGGACAGCGCCUUCCCCGCAAUCACCACCUCCCUCGGCCACAAUGAGCUGGGCGCCGGCUCGCAGAAGAUCCACGGCGUGGAGUGGCGCCGGCCCCCGGAGCUGUGCUCGGACCCCAAGUUUAUCGUUGAUGGGGCGUCUCGGACUGACAUCUGCCAGGGUGCCCUGGGGGACUGCUGGCUCCUGGCAGCCAUCGCCUCGCUGACCCUGAACACCGAGGUCAUGAGCCGGGUGGUGCCCAUUGACCAGGGCUUCGAUCACGGCUACUGUGGCAUCUUCCACUUCCAGUUCUGGCAGUUUGGGGAGUGGGUGGAUGUGGUGAUUGACGACCGGCUGCCGAGCCGGGACGGGGAGCUGCUCUUCGUCCACUCGGCCGAGCGCGGAGAGUUCUGGAGCGCCCUGUUGGAGAAAGCCUACGCCAAGUUGAACGGGUCGUACGAGGCUCUGUCGGGGGGCUCCACCACCGAGGGGUUCGAGGACUUCACGGGCGGGGUGGCCGAGUGGUUUGAGCUGAAGUCGCCCCCCCCCGACCUGUUCUCCAUUGUCCGCCGGGCUCUGGAGCGAGGGUCUCUUAUGGGCUGUUCCAUCGACGUGAGUCGGGGUCACCAUGGUCCCCCCCCUCCACCUUGUGACGGGAUCCCUCACAGACCACCCCCCCCCCCCCCCCGGGGUCCUGCCCAUCACCACCUCUCCCCUCCCCCCCCCCCCUCGCACCUCAACCCCAUGGGUGGCGGGGAGGGGUCAGCCCAGGGGUGA